UGGACACGGACAGUUGUUUGCCUUUCUCUUCGCAGAGCAGCAGGAGGACGCCAGAGACCUCUCCGGGUUUGGAGCACCGAGGCUCCGGCUCCUUCCUCUCCUGCGAUGAGCUGCAGAAACCCUCACACCUUCCUCCUCCUCCUCCUCUCCCAAACCGCCUCGGUCUGCGCGGGGAUCUGUACGCAGCCGCCAUGGGGAGGUUUGGUGAUGCUGCGGCGGGCUUUACGCACGGCGCUGUUCCGGCCAACGCGCCCGGCUCCCCGUCCAAACACAACAAAUUCAUGGAGAGUAUAGACCAGGAUCAGAAGGGGUCAGCGAUCAGCGGCAAGCCGGCAUUUUAUGAGCACAACUCCGAAGUCAGAGACAAAGGAGCUCCAAAGACUAUGGGCUAUCCUGGUAUUGGCACAGACUGCUGUGGAAAGCUGAAAGAGUCCGGAGGUUUACACGGGGACUCUAUCGCCGACUCCAUCGACUUAUCGGGCAAAAACAAGAAGCGGCGCAAUCGCACUACGUUCAGCACCUUUCAGCUGGAAGAGCUGGAGAAAGUGUUUCAGAAGACGCACUACCCUGACGUGUACGCCCGGGAGCAGCUCGCCCUCAGGACGGAGCUCACAGAGGCUCGGGUUCAGGUCUGGUUCCAGAAUCGUAGAGCCAAGUGGAGGAAACGAGAACGCUACGGGAAGAUCCAGGAGGUCCGCAACCACUUUGCUGCUACCUAUGAUAUCUCUCUUCUCCCUCGCCAUGACACAUACCAGAUGCAGGGCAAUCUAUGGCCCGGAACAGCUUCAGGAGGCGGCGGUGCUUCGGGUGCUGGCUGUGUCCUGGGUGCUGACUCCAUCCCCUCCUCCUGCAUGAGCCCGUACCCUCACCCCCACGGCAACCUACAGGGCUUCAUGGGCAUGCCCACAUCCCCCGGCCAUCCCCACCACCACCAUCACCACCCGCCCCACCAUCCCGGCAUCAACGGCCUCUACUCGCUCCACAGCUUCCCAGGAGGCCUCGGGCCCCCUUCAAUCGAGGGACCAGAGGCCGAAUACAAGCCGACCGGCCUGGUGGCGCUACGCAUGAAAGCCAAAGAGCCUGGCAGCCUUCUCUCCUGGCCCACAUGA